GCUUUCUUCCGCCUCCCGAUUGACGUUCAGAUGCACGCAAGAUCAUCGUUCAACCUAAAUACAUUUCUCGCACGGUCAUAUUCUUCGAAGGCCAGCGCACUACAGUCUAUCAGAAGGUUUCAAACGAGAACGAGUGUCAAGAUGCCGAAAGCAGAAUGGAAUGGAGUUGUUAUCGCCGAGAGCGACAAGUUCGAGACGGUAGAGAACAACGUUUACUUCCCGCCCGACUCUAUCAAGAAGGACUACUUCAAGCCUUCGUCGACUCACAGCACAUGCGGUUGGAAAGGCGAGGCGAGCUAUUACACGGUGAGCGUCGAUGGCAAGGACAACAAGGAUGCCGCUUGGUUCUAUCCGAGCCCCAAGCCCGCUGCUAAGAACAUCGAGGGUUACAUCGCUUUUUGGAAGGGAGUUAAGGUCAGCGCUUGAUCUCGCGGUCAAGGUCUGAGAUGUCAACAGCUGCUGAGAGGUGGACCUUCAUAUGAGCCUUCACUGCGGGAAUGAAACAUUUUGUACAUAAAAUCAACAAGAAUACCUCACACUCCCAGAACAGUCGCU